AUGCCAAAGCCAGUCGUGCCAGAACAUGUACCAGUACCUCCUAAACAUAUAACACCACUGAAGCGAAAACCCAUGGAAAGUAAAGUUACCAAAGCACCCCCCAAAUCAUGGAAAGAAUCUCUACCAAUCCGAGGAGGCAGUUUUGAAAUCGAAAGAAAACCCAUCGGGAAAACUAAAGAAAUUAUCUCGAAUAAAACCCAAAGUCCUACCACUAAACCAACACCUAAAUCCAAACCCUCGGAAACAAAACCAACCCUAAAAUCCUGGAAAGAUUCCCUACCCAUCCGAGGAGGAAGUAUCGAAAGCGAAAGAUCCACCGCCACAAUCCGUGACAUAUUCCCCAACAUAUCACUAGGGCCCAACCCAAACAAAACCUCCACCAAUCCACCCAAACCCAGCCCAUUAAAAGCCAAGAAACCCCCCGAAAAUAAAUCAAAACCAUACACACAAAUCCCCACCAAAUCACCCAAUACCACCAUCGUCAUCAAGAAAAAAAAUACCGAGAUGAAAAUCCCCGGAUCUUUUAUCGAGAGCCCGAAAACGGAUUCGUCGAAACGACCUACUAGUCGUGAGAUUAAAGUUCCUGGUGCUUUUAUUGAUGGUAGUUUUAUAGCUGAGAAAGGGGAGAAUUUUAUUGAGAAAAUGCAAGAAAUAGAAGAGGAGAGUAUUGUUCGGAAGAAACCGCAGGGGGUGAGACCGCUGAAGUUACGAGCUAGGGUUAAGGGGGGGGAGAAGAUGGAUUUGGUUGGGAGGGAGAAAUUAGAGGAUGGGAAGAUAACAUCUGUGGAGAAGACUUUUAAAGAUGUGCUUGAUGAAGAGGAAUCGUUGUAUGUGCCUCCUGUUCCGAGGGGACCAUGA